AUGGUGUACUGUGGGAAAGCCUCCCAGGGCUGUCAAAACUGUCGCACGCGACGCAUCAAGUGUGACAAGGUAAAACCAGAAUGCUCACAAUGCAUCCGCGUCGGCAAGAGGUGUCCGGGCUAUCGCGACCAGCUGUCUCUCAUGUUUCGUGAUGAGAGCAGCAAGGUGAUGCAAAAGGCACACGCGCAAUGGGGCGUUGGCGAAUCUGGUUCAGAAAUGACCUCACAAGCUUCGUCCAGCUCUUCAGCUUCAUCUAGCGCAUCGACUUCUGCGUCUGCCGCUUCUUCUGUUCCGACCCUGUCAUGUUCCACAUCGACUAAUACCACGCUUGCACCAUACUCCGCUCCCUCAUCGGCGAUAUCUUCUAGCGCUUCAUCCACCGCAUAUUGGUCAACUUCUCCUUCGUCACUCGUUAGCCAUCAGACGUCACCACCAACUCCUCCAUCACCGAACUCAUAUCACCAAACCUCCUCUUCAGCCUCCGCAGCACAGCCAGUCGCCGUUUUGCCACCGCCACGCCUCCCAACUCCUGUCGACCCGAGCCUCGAAGAACAGGGAGUUCAGUUCUACAUCAACCGCUAUCUCAUCGGCCACCCUGACGAACCCAAGACCCCAGGAGACCUUUCUUCUACCGAAUGGUUAUGGGACCCCGCGGUACAGGAUGUCAUGGCCGCUGUCGGUCUCGCCAGCUUGUCGAAUCUCAGGGGUGACCACAACUUGAUGACGACGGCUCGCCAGAGAUAUGGAAUGGCCCUGAAGCAGACCGGCCGCCUUGUCCAGACUUCGGUGACGCCGGACUUUGAGGUUACCAUGCGCUCCGUCGUCAUGCUUGCCAUGUUCGAGGUGUGUGCCCUCACCCCUGAAUUUUCUUCAUCUUCCUCCCCCAUGUUGGUGAAGGGAGCAACCCAGAACAUCGCCCACGUACAUGCUCAUGUGAUGGGAGGUGUUGCUCUGCUACGGAGAUGGCUACCUAUACCGGAAGUAGCCUCCCUUGGUAUUCGGGCUAUGUUACAGAUGUGCUAUUGCCUUUUCAUCCCCGCGCAAAUGUCGGCUACUUCUCUGCCAGCUCCGUUCUAUGAGUGGAUUACGUUCAGUUAUGCUCUUCUUGAUCCCCCCGAUCGCCCAGCUGCCGACCUAGGCAUGUUGAUUUGCCGCUUUAUCGAACUAUCGACACAUAUUCAGACAUAUGUUCUCAGCGAUGGCCGGCCACAUACAACCUCGACGCUGAAGCAGCUUUUGGACAUCGACGCCGCAUUUGCGGAAUGGGAUCGUAAACUCGGGCCAACAUGGCGAUUCCGCACCGAGAAAACAGACGAUCUACCCCCUGCCGCGGUCUUCGAGGGUGAAUACCACAUCUACUUCGAUAUGUUUGUCGCUCGAAUGUGGGGUCACUACCGCUGGGCGAGGACCCUACUCAACCGGAUCAUUGCAGACUUUAUCACGAGACACCCGUUAUCUAGUUCAUCGUUGGUCACGACAUCCGAAUACAAAAACCGACUCGAGGUAGUUCGGCUCCUGGCCCGAGAUACUCUCAUCAGCACACCAACACACUGGCGACACCCCCUCCUUACCGACAAAUUCGCGAUACCAGUGGAGAAUAUGGGAGGAGCAGGCUCAGGUUCGGCUGGUCUUCCGAUCGUUCUUUUCCAUCUACAGGCUGCUGCUUGUGGCCCCGGCUCUCUGGAUACAUAUUGGGAUUGGGCUAUUGGGGUGAUGGAGUGCAUUUGGAGCGAUCUGGGCAUCCUCCAUGCCAAGUCCAUGAUGGACUCUAUGAGAUCACAUCGAGACUCGGUCAAGGUAAAAACAGAAAAUGAUUUGAAUAAAGGCGGGGCAAAGGGGGUCAGGUAA